CGGGGAGGGACGCGCUGGAAGCGGAAGCGGCCGUUGUGCCGCGCGGCGGCAGAUUCGGGUGUCUGGAGCAGGCGAGCGGCUCCGGCCGCGGAAAGCGUCGGGGUAUUAUAAUAUAAUUACCUCGUAAUCUGAAAGAGCAGUGUUUGGAAGAAUGACAACAGGAGACCUAAAAGGAAGUUUAAGAAAAAUAGAACAAGGACUUCGCAUGUUAAAUUAUCCAAGAGAUGUGGAUUAUACAGUGUUAGUGAAGGGUGAUCCAGCUGCAUUUUUACCCAUAAUUAGCUAUUCCUUUACAUCGUUCUCAACUUACGUAGCAGAACUUCUGGUGAAAUGUGAUGUGGAACUUACAGCAAAGAGUGACUUGCGCUUUAUUGAAGCUAUUUAUAAGCUUCUCCGAGAUCAAUUUCACUAUAAACCAAUCCUAACAAAAGAGCAGUUUCUUCAGUUUGGUUUUGCAGAAAGAAAAAUGCAGAUUGUUUGUGACAUUAUCAACUGCGUGGUGAAAAAACAUAAGGAAUUAAGUAACCUGAAUAAGGUUAAAUCCCAAGCAAGAAAGAAAUUCAGACCUUCAAAACGUGAAAUAUGGUCAAAUUGUGGUGAUAUUCUUGUUGAUCUCAGUGGCAGCACUCUGAAUUCCAAACAGCAUGCUCAAAAGGUGCCUCUUGUAGAACGACACUCAGGAGAUGAAGUUAGGGAUGACCUUCCUCUUGCACCUAUUAAUCCAACACCCCUUAAUCCACCAUCACUUCCAGAAGAGGGAAAUAAUGAAGAAGAGUUGUACUUAGAUGAUGAUGUUGUGGAAGAACAAGUCAUAGAGGACAAUUCUCAGAUGGAGUUCCUAAGGAGUCAACUUGCUGAUUGCCAGGAAAAGCUUCAUAAGCUGGACUGGAUGGAAGAUAAAUUACGUGUUUUGGAAGAGAAACUGAAAGGGAAGGUGAUUAUAGAUGAGAAGGACUGGAAUAAUUUGUUGAGCAGAGUUUUGCUUCUUGAAACAGAACUGUUGCUGCAGUCCAAAAAGAGAGACUUAUCUGCAGAAUUCAACAGUGUAAGUCAAGAUGAUACUUCCAGUAUAAUUCCAGUCUCUCCUGAUGCAGAAAAAAAGGAGGAGAUGACGGAGUGUCCUCGUCAGUCAUCUGGAUACAGUUCAUCAUUAUCCACAGUCUCAUCUCCCAAAGCCAUGAUAAUUAAUUCUCAUGAUCUGACAGAGAUUUCAAAGGAGACAACAAGACAAAGAAUGGAAAGGAUAAGUAAAAUCAUUGAAGAAACCUCAGAAUUGUUGAAAACCUCAAGUAACACCUCUGAAAAGGCCUGAAAGAGCGGCUCUUCAGGCCUGUUCCCUGUAGAUGCAUGGAUAUAAAAAGUAAUAUGUAUGUUUGUACAACAUCAAAUUUUUAAUAUAUCAAAUUUGUAAUGUUCACUGUUUUUUAUAUUCUUUGAGUAAAUAUCUUUGAAUGCA